UUGGUCCUUCGAUCCGGAUAUAAAAAGAAGCUAGGAAUUACUCAAUUUCCAGAAGGUAAGAAACACACCUAAUAAAAAAAAAAAGAAGAAAUUAUUGAACAAAAAAGAAAUUAUUAGAAAAGAAAUUACAAAAAAGAAAAAUCAUUAAAAAAUUAAUUUUGUAAAACGUCAAGCUCAUACAAUAGCGCCAUCUAUGUAAAAGAGGGCGAACGACCGACGUCGAAUGGUUAUCAAGCGAUCGAGAGAAAUAAUCGAUGUUUUAUGAAAUCGAUCAUAUAUGAAGUGACAGAAAACUGACAUUGACAGUGAAUACAAAAUUAAAUAAAUUGACUGUUUGUGUUUUGGUUUGUAAAUAAUCGUCAACAUUUUUGUUAUUUUGAUAUUUAAAAUAGUUUUUUUUACCUUUUAAGUUUUAGGUAGAUUCAUAUAAAAAAAAAAAAAAAUGCCCGCUAAAAAGGAUAUUGAAAUGCUAAAAACUAAAAAAUCUCAAGAAAUUCAGUCUAUUAAAACUAUUACAAGCUUUGUUGAAAAACAUUUGGACAAAGAAAUUUCUGAAUUAAUAAUUAAUCAAUUACAAACUAGGAAAGACUUACUAAUAGAAAAUUUUAAUAAACUUCAAGAUCUUCAUUGUGAAAUUUUAUGUUGUGAACAGGGGUAUGCAGAUUCCAUUGAUAAUAUUAGAGAGGAAUACUUUGACACAUUAGCUAAAAUUAAUAGUCAACUCUCAAAAACAGUAAUACAGAGCAAUCAGCUGAGACGUGGUCUACAAAAAACCAGGAAAGAAACGGAAUAUGUGGCUACGAAAGGCAAAAGAAAGGUUUACAAAGCAAAUGUGGCACAUUUUUUAUAGAAAUAUCAGUAAAUUACAUUAAAAAAAUGUAUGAACAGAUUUUGUGCAACAAAAAUGUUUAUAUUUAUCAAGGAUGCAUUAUUUGGUAUGGCCACAUAGCGUCAGUGAUGUGACAAUACCUCCUAUCUGUUUUUCAUGAGAUUUGUAAGAGAGACUAAACACUUGUUUGGACCAACUCCUGUUUUCAUAUAUUUUUUGACUUGUUUUGUAGUAAAUUCAACUAUCUAUUUACUACAAAACAAGUCAAAACUUACGUAUGAAAACAGGAGGUGGCCUUAAAAAAUGUUUUUCGUCUCCUGCAAAACUCAUGAAAAAACAUAUAGGAGGUAUUGUCACAUCACUGACGAUAUAUUUCAGAUAAUGUCUAAAAAAUAUACUGUCAAUGCCAUACGAACAUUCGUAGACAUUCAUGGAAUGUUCCAACAAGACAUUCAAGGAAUAUUUAAAAUGCUGACCCAGCACUUUCCUGGGACUUUCCAGGGACAUUCGUGUGCUUUUGGGGACAUUCCAGGAAUGUUUUGCGUUAUUAGGGUAUAAAGCUUUUUUUAGAUACUUUAAAAAUGUUAAUAAGCUUUUUCCGAAAAGUUCUUAAUUUUUCGGUGAUUUCGCGUUGAAUUUUUCGAUUUGGAAUUAGACGAAUAAGAACGUAUUUUUCAUGAGCUAAACUUUGCUUUUAUUCAAUUUAUAUA